AGGGAGGCUUGUCCCUGUCAGGAGGAGGAGAGAGAAGAGGCGACAUGGCUGCACUGAAGGUCUCUCGGGUGAUACGAAACAUUGCUACAUGUGGCUGGAGAUCACAGUCCAGUCAAGCUACUGCAACAUUACCAAAAGGCAAAUUUACAACUGGAUUUAAUUUUGAUCUUACUGAAGAGCAAAAAGAAUUUCAAGCUACAGCUCGUAAAUUCGCUAGGGAGGAAAUCUUGCCUGUUGCUGCCGAGUAUGACAGAACUGGAGAGUAUCCUGUUCCCCUCAUAAAAAGGGCAUGGGAGCUUGGUUUAAUGAAUACUCACAUACCUGAAAGCUGUGGUGGCCUUGGCCUUGGCACUUUUGAUGCCUGCCUUAUUACUGAAGAAUUGGCUUAUGGAUGUACAGGGGUUCAAACUGCUAUUGAAGCAAAUUCCCUGGGUCAAAUGCCAGUCAUCAUUGCAGGGAAUGAGCAGCAACAGAAGAAAUAUCUGGGAAGAAUGACGGAGGCACCUUUAAUGUGUGCAUACUGUGUAACAGAACCUGGAGCAGGCUCAGAUGUUGCAGGUCUAAAAACCAGAGCAGAAAAGAAAGGAGAUGAAUAUAUAAUUAAUGGGCAAAAAAUGUGGAUCACCAAUGGUGGCAAAGCCAACUGGUAUUUUUUGCUGGCUCGCUCUGAUCCUGAUCCAAAAGCUCCUGCAAGUAAAGCUUUUACUGGAUUUAUUGUGGAAGCAGAUAGUCCUGGCGUACAAAUUGGAAGAAAGGAACUUAAUAUGGGUCAGCGCUGCUCAGAUACAAGAGGGAUUGUUUUUGAAGAUGUCAGAGUGCCCAAAGAGAAUGUUCUCCUUGGUGAAGGGGCUGGCUUUAAAAUAGCCAUGGGAGCAUUUGAUAAAACAAGGCCUCCAGUAGCAGCUGGUGCUGUAGGACUGGCACAGCGAGCCUUAGAUGAAGCUACAAGGUACGCUCUAGAAAGAAAAACCUUUGGAAGGGUACUCGCAGAGCAUCAAGCAGUAUCUUUCAUGUUGGCUGAAAUGGCAAUGAAGGUUGAGCUUGCUCGCCUGGCUUACCAGAGGGCUGCAUGGGAAAUAGACGGUGGCCGCAGAAAUACCUACUUUGCAUCUAUAGCAAAGGCAUAUGCUGGAGACAUUGCAAAUCAAGUAGCUUCUGAUGCUGUCCAGAUCUUUGGAGGAAAUGGAUUCAACAGUGAAUACCCAGUAGAAAAGUUAAUGAGAGAUGCCAAAAUAUACCAGAUAUAUGAAGGAACAGCACAGAUUCAAAGGCUGAUAAUAGGUCGUGAACAUAUUGGCAGGUUUAAGGGUUGAGAGAACAUUGAAACUAUACAGAGAAGAUUUGAAUUCCUAGCAUGCAUUAAUCCAACUGUGCAAACACCUGUAUCCACUCUGGAAUGUUGUAAGAUACAAUUACCUAGAACAUUUUUUUCAGCUACAUAUUUCUUCAUUUUUAAUACAGUAUAUGAAAAGGAUAGUCACUUAACUAUUGGAAUUGUUUGCCUGGAGAUUUCCUGAAUCAUUACAUGCCAGUACUGCAUGUCUUUACUGGAGCUUUCAACUUUCACCUAGCUUUAAAUUGACUCAAACGCUUAUCCUUGGUUUCUCAUCUUCUCUGCAGCAUCCUUCAAGUGCCUGGAAUCUGAGAAUUUAACUGUGUCACUGACAUGAAUAGGAUUUGAUAUCACUAGUAGCAGUUUGGAUACAACUACUGUAAUGUAAUUUUGGGGAAGAACCAUUACGAGUCUGUGGAGUAAAAAGGUUAUUAAUUGAUAAUUAUAUCAUACAGUUUACACCAACUUUGUGAGCAUAUCUGCCUUUAAUAACUAUUAAAUGUUAUACAUUAUGAAACACAUUGCUUACAAUGACAUCAAAUGAGUUGUCCAAGGGCCUUCUGCACAAGACUUCUUCAGUAAUCAUCAUAGCAAUUCAGAAUAGCUUGUGUGUAUUUUUUUAGCUCAACAGUACACAAAAAGAAUGUCACAUCUAUUUGAAUGGUGGACAUUACCCCUUAACUUUGGAAACAAUGCCUUUCUUAAUCCAUGCCAGUGCUUUUAAAGCAGUGCCUCAGAAAAAGCUAUCCACUUUUGUAGAUAAUAAUUUCCCUGAAAUAAUUUUGUUACUUUCUAAAUGAUUAAUGUUAGCAGUUUUGUAACCAACCUUGUGUGUUGUAAAAUAAGAAUUGUGAAGCCUGUUUUGAACAUUAUUUGAAUAUUUAUGAUUACAGUGCCUUUGCAUUUAGUUGUGGGAAUGUUACUAUACUGGUAUGUUGUAACAAUCAAAUGUUAAAAUGGCCAUACAAUGCAAUAUUUUUGCCACUGUCGUUUAUAGAACUGGCAUUAUUUUUAUUAGGUGUAGUAUUACUGCAAGGCUUUCCACAAUCAGAACUUUAUAUGAGUUUUCACUUUCUUUGUAACCUGGACUAUGAAUUUAUUUUGACAUUUAAACAAAGUGGUUUAUUAAAUCUGUCCGAAGAUGUGGCUGAGUA